UUAUGAGAGCAGCUAUAUUCUCACAGCCAAGGGUAUUAUCCCUGUCGUCGAACUUGACAAGACCGUUCUUAAAGAACAGCAUGCUUCUUGAUCCUACCGCUGACAGUCCGAAUCUUUGCAAUAUUGGAUCAAGAACGUGAUUAUGGCGUCUUUAUCAGUAAGCGACGAUAUAGUUAACGAGCGUAUGAUCAAAUAUCGCCGAAAUGGAUGAAGAGAUGAUUGAUCUCGUUUUGAUUCAAACUGGGUGCGGCACAGGCCACUAAAAAGGCGAGAUCAUGCGGAGAAAAACCCAGUAUUAUGGGAAUUCCUUGUGCGACAUGCAUUAGUGCCCGCAACCUUCUACUACAGAUUCCACUUUAAGCAGGCUGAGCAGGGAUUAUACAAGGGUAAUGCCCGUCAUGAAUCAGCUCUUACUCCGGAUCCGCGUACCGCGGACAAUCCGUGGCCUUUCGAAUUUAUAAUAGGUUUCGGACUUAUCACAUCUCUUCCGGAGUUUUUAAAACCAAUUGCCCGGGUGAGGUAGUCAAAAGCAAUUUUUGAUAUUAUUAUCGUUUUUAAAUUAAUUAUCGUACGACCAAUAAGCUGAAGAUGGUACGUAUUGCUCCUUACGCAGAACAACACAAGGAUCCUCAAGGUCCAGGUGAUGCGCGCCCGACAGCAUCCCGGAUCAUCGAAGACCAGGGUCUUGUUGCGAGCCCUUCUUGGACUGGUAGAGUUGUACUCGUCACGGGUUGCUCACCCGGAGGACUCGGACCCGAAGUAGCAAGAGCCAUUCAUCUAACUGGCGCCGACGUCUUUAUAACCGUUCGAGAUGUUGCUAAAGGCAAGCAAGUCGCCGAGGAGAUUUUGGCAGAUGGGAAGCCUGGCAAGGUCGAAGUUAUUAAGAUAGACUUGAGUUCGUUGGAAAGCAUUAAAGCCGGGGCAGAAGAAUUCCUCCGUAAGAGCGGCAAUAAGCUCAAUGUCCUAAUCAACAAUGCAGGGAUCAUGGCUUGUCCUGAAGGAAAAACUAAGGAUGGAUUCGACUUGCAACUCGGCACAAACCAUCUAGGCCAUUUCUACCUUUUCCACUUAGUGAAAGAUGCUCUUUUAGCGUCUGCAAGCCCUUCCUUCAAUUCUCGUGUUGUAUCGGUAUCUUCCGCCGGCCACCGGCCGGGCAAAAUCAAUUUCGAUGACCUCAAUUUCGAAAGGACCGAAUUCAAUACGUGGGCGGCUUAUAAUCAAUCCAAACUUGCCAACGUUCUUUUCGCGAACGAAUUAGACCGUAGGUUUCAGUCCCAGAAUUUACGGGCUGUAACCACGCACCCAGGUGGCAUUAUGACACCUCUCGCAAGGCACAUGCCUAGCACCGCGCAUAUCGUGGGGGAUCCAGCUAUUGCCAAGACUUUAAUGACCCCCGCCCAGGGUGCGGCAACCGCUGUCUGGGCUGCUGUGGCAAAGGAAUUGGAGGGUAAAGGCGGAAUUUACCUUGAUGAGGUUGCUGUAGCUGAGCUUAGCCCCCCAGAUGUUCCCUUUUAUGGGGGUGGCUAUGCUGCACAUGCUUUUGACCCCCCAACGGAAAAGAGACUCUGGGAGGAGAGCUUGAAAUUGACGGGAUUAAGUGAAUAAAACAUGACCUGUAUUCUAGCCUCAGAAGAAUACCAUUUUUUGGCUUAUUUUCAGUUGCAGCUUCAAUAAUAUUAGUCUAUCGAUGACCACAUUUACUAGGCCUAGAAGGGGUUUGAUCCCGUUCCAUUACUUGGCGCUUGA